GCACAACCUAUGUCUCACUGACUAGAAGCUAAAUUGAUAUAAUUUCUAAUAAGUAAUUAGCGUGAUCUUUAAUUAAAGUUUAUUUGAAGAAAUAAUUAAAGGAAUAUUUAUAUCAUAAAGCUAAGAUAUAAAAGGAACCCUAUAAUAUCUGGUAACCACAAAUUCUACCCUCGAUGGGACCCAUUCAACACCAAUCGAGAGGGCUGCCUCUUGGGUUUUAGGGUCCAGAUCCACAAAUAGUUGAGCCCCGUUACCAUGGCUCUGUAAAGAACCUACCCAACUCAUUGUUGCCGCUGGAUAUGGUGUAUGGCAUACAUGGCAUACGAGUAUGGUAUGUUGGUGGUGUCGCUGGUGUUUUGAUCUAUGGAUGCAUGAAUGAUUCGCUGCGCACCGCAGCAACAAAAGCAACAACGACCGUAAUGACACCAGAAAACAAUUGAAAUAAUUCUAGCAGAAAUUUUUGUUAGCUCACCGACCCAGGGGCAGCUAACUUUAUUCGUGGUGUGUGCGUUUUUUCAGUAUUUUGUUUUUUUUCGUUGGCUCAGUUUCCAUUUCAACGUCGAACGAACGAAAAGUUGCAGCGUAUAAAAAAUUCGGAAUUUCGGUGAAAUAUUCACAGAUAUUUCGUUUCGUUUUCGGGAAAAACUGUAACACAAAAAAAAAACAGGAGUACGAUAAUUAAUAAAUGCGCUUAAAUGCGCCAUGAACUAUGCAAAAGUUAUGUGCUAAAAGUGAGAGCUAAAAAGUGAGUGUUGCAACUGGCAAUCAUGUGGAAUGCAUUAAGGAUUCAACAGUUUUUCUGGCUUCUACCGAUUCUGGUUCACCUGUCGGAACUCUGUUCUGGCCAACAGACGCAUAUCAAGUUGGACCAGGGAGAUCUCAUUGGGCUUAAAGUGUUUCCGGAUGGGACACGUGGCGCUGUCUACGCUUUUCUAGGUAUUCCCUACGCCCAGGCUCCUGUCAACGAACUCAGAUUUGCUCCCGCCAAACCGAGUUCCAACUUCAAUCGCACCCUCCAAGCCACAUCCAUGCAACCAAUUUGCCUGCAGCUCUCGAAUACAAUAUACGAUGAGAGUCCGGACGGUGGUAUUCCCAGAUCGGUUAGCACAGACGAGGAUUGCCUGUACCUAAACAUUUGGACACCGGAGUCGGGAAUGCGAUAUGGCAAACUGCCCAUCGUUGUUAUUGUCACGGGUGAGGAGUCCGCUUACGAUUGGCCCAAAAACCGUAUCAAUGGUUUGGAUCUGGCUGGCGAGGGAAUUGUGGUGGUCAGUGUCCAGUACCGAAAUAAUAUAUACGGAUGGCUGAGUCUGGGCGAACAACAUCGUCAUACCCCUGGAAAUUAUGGAUUAAGUGAUGUCCGGAUGGCAUUGCGAUGGAUUGAAAAGAAUGCAGUGGCCUUUGGUGGCAAUCCGGAUCAUAUAACUCUUCUGGGUCAUGGUAGUGGAGGAGCACCUCUGGCACUGGUUGCCACAUUGGAGGAUUCAAAUUUAGUUAAACAACUGAUGCUCAUGUCACCCGGUCCCAUUAUGCGAACUUUGGGUCAGAAUCAUCAAAAGCGGAUUGUGGCAACGGGUCAGGAAUUGGUCCAGAAAUUAGGCUGCCAGUUUGAGGAGGCCCAGCGUCGCCAGUUGAUAGGUUGCCUAAGGCGAAAGAGCCGAGAAGACUUACUCCGUGCCUACGAAAGUGUCUAUAACCAUGGCAAUGGAAGCUCCCAGUUGGGUGUAAUUCUACCCGAAGGAUUGUCAUUCGAACAACGACUUCGCAACAAAACAUUGCCUCCCUUGCUUCUGGGCAUCACGUCCAAUGAAGGAGCCUUCCUGCAGGAAUACUGGUUGGACGUGGCCAGGGAGGGUCAGGUGGCACUCCAAAAGUACAUCAAUCACACCUUGUUACCAAAUGUGAUGCGAGCCCUAGAGUCUGUGGGUGAGGAGAGCUCUUCCCAAUUGGCAGCCAUUAGAUGGAGAUACUUCAAUGGCAAAGGAGAUGGAAUCAUUCAUCUAUUGGGUGGAAUGCAACGACUGCUCUCCGAAUCCCUCUACGAAUUGCCCUUCUUUCGCCUCUUGGAUCUGCUCAAUGGAACCAUCAGUUAUGCCUAUGUAUUCGACCAAUCCCAUUCGAUGGACAUGCGAGGGAAAAGGAAUCUUUUCGGUGGAGCCUCUCACAGCUCGGAUCUUCCGUUGCUUCUGGGUCCGAGUCUAUUUCAGCAGAUAGCUCGCCGAAGAUUCAGUGGCGAGGAGGAGCAGCUUUGCCGGAAAAUAAGAGGAGCCUUUGCGAAUUUUAUUAAAAAUGGUAACCCAACACCUGGAAGGAUCUAUGAUGGAUGGUUGCCCUACAACCAGGAGAACCCAUUUGUUUACAGCUUGGGAGAGCAGGCAAAGACUUCUCAGGCGGGAUCGGUGGAUGAAGCGGAGGUGGAUAAGUUACUAAGAGGGGAGACUGGAGUUUCAAGUCUAGACAGAAGCUUAUCGCGUAGCAAUCGCCAUGAUACCUACAGAACAACAACCUCCAAUUCUUACACUGCCAGCAAUCAACAAGAUUCGGGUUACUCCAAUCACUUACAGAGGGUUUACGGCUUUUGGCAGGUGUUACUCCCACUGGAAAGGGAGGAGGACUUAAAAGGAGGAGGAGCACUGGGCCAGAGAGUGCGUCUCUUAGAAGCAAGUGCAGAUGCAGCUCGAUACCGCCAGGGAUUCUAUGCCAUGCUGGGACUCGUGUGCCUACUUCUUGCCUGUCUCUGUAUGUGCGUUUAUCUUCUAAGAAGAGACCCAAAUACAAUGCGAAGACGCAGUGCAUCAUCGGCUUCGGAUUGCUACAGUUUAUGACAUAAG